GCGUUCCCAGCUGGACGCGCGCACAGAAGCGGUGAAGGCUAUGGUGGGUGAGGACGCGCUCGGACCUCCAGCGAGCUCGUUUCUCCGUGACUGACCCGCGGCGGCGUAUCCUGCUACGAGAAGAUGUCCGUGAACGAGGUGUACGUUUUCCGGCCCUUCAAGCUCAUCGCGCUGCUCUGCGUCUUCCUGGCGCUGUGUCUGGACGUGGUGGCUCUGCUCAGUCCAGCCUGGGUCACGGCGGAGCAUUUCACGCUGUCCCUGUGGGAGUCGUGCUCCCAGUCCGAGGCGCAUCCGACGGGAGCGGCUCAGUGGAGCUGCUUCUCCACGCUCACAUCUGACUGGCAGAUCGCCACCCUGGUGCUGCUGGUGGCCGGCGCCGUGGCAACGCUGGUGGCCUUCCUGGUGGCGCUGGUCUCGCUGUGCCGCGGCACCCAGCGGCAGCACUACCGCACCGUGGCCGUCUUCCUCUUCACCGCAGUGGUGCUGCAGGCCUGCGCCCUGGUUCUGUACCCCAUCAAGUUCAUCGACGGCACCGUUCUGCAGACCUACCACGAGUUCAACUGGGGCUACGGCCUCGGCUGGGGCGCCACCAUCUUCAUGCUGGGCGGCGGGAUUCUCUUCUGCCUGCGGACGGACAUUUACGAGGACGCCCUGUACUGAGCCCGACGCCGCCGGAGCGGUGCCGGUGAACCCAGACCCAGUUUCUCUCUUUCUCUCGCCGUCUUGCUCUUUCUGUUAUUUUUAGACCGGUUGUAAAGACCCUAUUUAGGCCAGGGCUGUAUGAAUAGGACCCCCCCCCCCCCCCAUCCAUACAGCCGAUGGGUCCUUCAGCCCUGCCGGUAUCAGCGGUGGGAGAGCUUUCUGGACAGGCACAAGCUCCCAGUGCUGGAUGUUUCCAGUGCGUUGACCUGGAUCUCUAUUGUUAGAGAGCAGCAGUAGAUUCUUAGCACAGACCUGAAUGUGCAGUGGCUGAAUAUUUAAAGGCACCGAAUCAUCUUCACAGUAGCUGGUUUAGGAUGUUUUUUUUUUUGUUUGUUUUAUUUCGUAGAUUCUCACAAGCUUGUGGUUCAUGUAUUUGGCAGCGUUUUCUGCCUCACAAGAGAGAGAAAGUCUGAUCUUGUCUCUUCAUGUGUUUUUGCAAAAACACAUCCAGUCAGGCUGUUCUCAGAUUAAAAAGCUUUGAUGCCGCAGCUUUUAAGUGUUCACUAGGAAACAUGUAAAUGUGUACAAAGUAUUUCUACAUGAAGGAAAAUGGAAGAAUAAACAACUGUAGUUUUGGGGCUUUAAA